AUGCUUAAAUACCCCAAAGCAAAACCGUUGUUGUUGCGAACUUCAGGCGCGGAAGCUGCAGUAGCGGCACCAUUACCAGCAGCUGCAGGCACUGCGGCCGGCGACAAAGGAGCAACACACGUCAUCUUAGAUUAUGGUGACUUCAAUGGAAAAACACAAGGUGGAAUCGACAGUUGGACUUCGAUUCCCUAUGCGGAACCACCUCUCGGUGCCAGACGUUUCGCGUCUCCUGUUGCUCCUACCAAGAAAUAUCCAAACUUUGAUGCCACUAAAAUAUCACCCGGAUGUCUUGCCACUGAUCCCCUGGCUGGAUCGGAUCCAUCUUCCUUCAACGCAACCAUCUUAGCCGUCUUAAAGACUCUUCCAUCAGGCGCACAAACCGCCACCCAAACCAGAGUGGGUCAAGAAGACUGUUUGACAUUAGACGUGACUAGGCCUUCUGGGAUACCUAAGGACCAGAAGUUGCCCGUUAUAUUUUGGAUCUCUCAAACCGCUUCUGGAAGUGUAAACCCAGCAGGUUUGAUGGCACGCGGAAAAAUGACUGGAAAACCAUUCAUCUGGGUAUCAGCCAACUGGAGAUCAAGUGCUUUCGGGUUUUUGGGCGGCAAAGAAAUGGCUGCCGCUGACGCCGGUAAUCUUGGUUUGAAAGAUCAAAGAUUGGCCAUGGAAUGGGUUCAGAAACAUAUCGCCAACUUUGGAGGCGAUCCUAAACGGGUCACUCUAUAUGGAUCCAACUUGGGAGCCAUGGCUGUCUCUCACCAAUUGGUGGCUUACGACGGUGACAGCAAAGGAUUAUUCCAAAGUGCCAUCCUUGGAGGAGCUGUUGCUCUGCCCAGUCCUAAAAUGGUAGCAGGUCAGGCGAUCUAUGACAAAUUUGUCAAAGCAGCUGGGUGCCCAGUUGGAGCAGGAUCACUCGCUUGUUUACGUGAAGCCAAGGCUGAAAAAUUGGUUGCUGCAGCCAAUACUUUCCCUGGAAUCUAUUCUAGACUUCGAUAUCCUUUACCAUUCCACACUUACGUAGAUGGAAAGUUCCUUACUGGAUCUAUUCAAGAUUUAGCAAAAGCAGGAAAAGUGGCCAAGGUUCCCAUAAUCUUAGGAUCUUCUGAUGAUUCUGGAACUGUAGACACGUUAGUUGAAGAUGCUCAUAUCUUUAAUGACACUGGUGUUACACCUUGGUUGAAACAACUUCUACCUGGUGCCUCACCACAUGAGAUCAUGGACCUUUUGAAACUUUAUCCUUCUGAUCCAGCUCAAGGUUCUCCUUUCAAUACCGGUUUAAAAAACCAAUUGAACCCUGUCUCAAAGCAAAUGGCAGCUCUGUUUGGUGAUAUCACUUUCCAAGGUCUUCGAAGAUUCUUCUCACAAUCUGUGCAGGCUUCUGUUCCGGUGUAUGGGUUCAUUGACCGUGGAUUAAAAGACACCCAAUACCUUGGUAGGUUUCACAAAUCAUCAACUCUGAAAGAUGUAUUGAAGAUGGUGUUUAUAACUCUCUCUGUAGGUUCAUACUCAGGUGUCAACACAGUAAGCGCCUUACGAGCCCCAAGUGCAGGAAGAAGUACAGAUAUCCAAACUCGUUACUUGAAUUUUCUUUACACCAAUGAUCCUAAUCCAAAAGGAACCAAAGUUCAAUGGCCAAAAUAUGGAACUAAUGCUCAAUUGAUGGAAUUCUCGGAUACUGAGAAUGGAAAGAUUGUAGCAGAUAACUUUAGAAAAGAAGGAAUUCAAUAUUAUAUUGAAAAUAUCAUGGGUGAUAGUACUAAAGGUAAACCUUCGGCUCAAGUUUUACAAUAA